CAACAGCGUCGGAAUCUCCAAUUUGCUGCAACCCCAUUCACCAUGGCAUCCGUUUACAAGACCGUUUCGAAGAAGGCAGCUCGCCAGCUCGCCAAGGAGCAGGAGUUUGACGAGGAGGAUAUCGAAAUGGACGAACUUCUCUCUGACGCCAACGACACCACCGACAGCGAGGAUGAUGAAGAAACUACGACCGAAUCGGCCAAGAAGCAGCUCGCUGCAGGCUUUAUGCCCAAGACUCGUGUGCUUAUGCUGACUUCUCGGGGUGUUACAUAUCGCCAUCGUCACUUGCUCGCCGACCUUGCGUCUCUGCUCCCUCACACUCACAAGGAAACUAAGCUCGAUACGAAGAAGAAGACCGCUGGAUACAACCUGCUCCUUAACUCCCUCGCCGACCUCCACUCCUGCAACGUGAUCUUCUUCCUCGAGGCUAAGAAGCAGGGUCAAGAUUUGUACCUCUGGCUGUCUCGCCCCCCCAACGGACCGACGAUCAAGUUCCACGUCGCCAACUUGCACACCAUGGCCGAACUGAAUGCAGGAUUCAGCGGUAACUGCCUCAAGGGUGGCCGUGGCCUUGUGGUUUUCGAUCGCUCUUUCGACGAGCAGGGCCCGCUCAUGAGCCAGCCUGGCCAGGAAUACCGCGGUCUGAUCAGAGAGAUGCUGCGCGGUGUCUUCUGUGUUCCCAAGCGUGGCGUCAAGGGUAUGAAGCCGUUCAUCGACCGUAUCAUUGGUAUCUUCGGUGUGGAUGGCAAGAUCUGGAUCCGAGUCUACGAGAUCCGCGAGACCGAGCCCGGAAAGAAGAAGGGCGAGGAUGGUGAAGAGGCCAAGCCCACUCCCAAGGGCAAGGACGGUCAGCCCGAGGUUUCUCUCGUCGAGAUUGGGCCCCGCUUUGUCCUCACGCCCAUCGUCAUCUUGGAGGGUAGCUUCGGCGGUCCCGUCAUCUAUGAGAACAAGGAGUACGUCAGCCCGAACCAGGUUCGUCGUGAGGUCCGCUUGGGCAAGGCGUCUCGCUAUGCCCACCGCAGAGAUGUGCAGACCGACCGGUUCGCCAAGCGGUCGACGCUCGGAUUGGGAGAUGGCGAGAGAAAGCCGGAUGCGCUCGACACAAGGCAACUGUUCAACAACUGCACCCUUCCGUCAGUCGUCAUGGCCCCCCUUUCGCAAUCCAGCCCUGCGUGGCUGCUGGGUGCUUUUGCACCGUCUUCCACGAUGACCUCCAGCCUGCUUUGCAUUCCCUGUCUUCUGCUCCACAUAUUCCGUUCAUGCGAAUCUGUCUCCGAUGUUAUGAAUCUUGCAAUGACCUGUCGGCGACUCCAUACCAUCUUCCACCGAUCCAAUAAGCUACAGAUCCUUGUUGAUGUUGCGGAGUCCGAGCUCGGUCCCUUGGAUGAUAUCAUCCAGAUCCGGGCGCAACUACUGCAUAAUUGGUCUACGGCUGAACUGGCCGAGAUCGAGGACGUGCGUUUGAUCAUCGGUGAUAUCGUGCAGAACCACAUUUGUCCCAGCAAUGGAACCAUCCAACGCAAGUUCCGGAAGCGAUACCCGGAGAGUAACCAUCAAUUGACUUUCAAUAUUCAUCUGAAUUAUCCCACGAGCAGUAGUCCCGCUGGUCCACCCGGUCUGUUCGAGAAAGAUUCCAACACGGCCGAGCAGUAUUUCCACACGGCGCACCCCAGCAACUUUACUGAGUCACCGGCUAAAUACAAGUCGCGGUUUCGCAACGAUUACUUUCAUGACCCUGGAUUUGAGGGCUGGGGUGACGAGAUCCCACACUACUAUGUUGUGCAGGACAUGUUGAAGCUCGAUCCAGGCCAGGUGCUGUGGCUGCGAGAGCAUGCAUCUCUUAAAGAACAGGUGGAGCUGUACAUCCGGUCCUUGGGGGACUGGUUCCGAGACAACGGAGAAACCUUUGGCGAUACGCUGGAGUGGGUGAUGAAAGAGCGGGGUGACGACAUUGACGAGUUUCGAGUUGCUAUCGCAGACCGGGAGAUCGGUGUUGUUUGGGAUUGA